CAGCCAAACCCCGAAUUGCUCGACUUAUAGUCCGCAUUAUCUCACCUAUGAAGGUAGAGAGAAAGGGAAAGCGAACUACAGUUAAAGAGGAGGGGAAUGGACUGCACGUUAAGCACACUUCACGGAUGCAAAAGGAGGGGUUAGAAACCACCUACGUCUUUGCAGGCAUUCAUUCGAGGGUUGCACAUUCACAUUGUGGUGUCCAAUUGCCAUACAUUAGUUGAAUUGUUGCUCGUGCCGAAACUAAAUCGCAAAUCUAUUUCCUCGCUAAUACCGUUAUACAUGCUGUGAUAAGUGCAAACGUGUUUUGAUAAUAUUAUACAUAGUGAAACAAAGUGGAGAAUUGAUUUACGUGUACUUAUAGUUUUUCUGUGAAACAUCGUCUUUUCAAAAAUAAUUAUUAGAUUAUUCAUCAAAAAAGAAAUCUCGUUGCCCAUGGGUUUCAAAUUGCAAACAAUGAAUAAAUGAUGUUUCCCCCAACAUCAGCAAUGCUGAAAAAUCUAACUCCAAACGAUAUGACUUCGCCAUCCUUUAUGGUGGAUAACCUUCUCAGGUCAAAAGGUUCAAGCGCUGACUUGACUCGAAUUACUCUAGGUUGGGCUUUGAUGUCCAGAAGAGAAAAAGAAUCGGGAGUGAUUAUUCGGACUAUGGACUCUUCUGUGGACAUUGAGAGAAAUAGAAUUGUAGCUGAAAAACAUUAUCGAGGAGGAACUAGAAUAAAUGAAUAUGAACAAAUAAUAUCGUUUCAAGACAAAGAAUCACAGGAAAAACAGAUAGACUUGGAGAAUGAUCAAACGGAAAGUCAAGUUGAUCGUUUAAGUGCGAUAGAGAAACUUUCUGAAAGAGUUUCAAAACAAUCAAUUGACGAGGAUCAAAUACCAAUGGAACUAAUUAGUAGUAUGCAUAAUGAUGUUCUGCGAAAUAAUCGAGAAAGACUAACAUUGCCAAUACAUGGACAAUUUGAACGGAGUAUGAAUAGGUCGGAUGAAAUAGGUUUGCACAUGGAUCAAGAGACUGACAGACUAAGUAGGAUAGAAAAGGAAACUUGCACUUGUGGGGAUGAACAUUGUACAAAUUCGAGAUGCAGAAGGGUGCAGGACAAGGAGAAACCUCACCUCAAGUUCAGCGUUAAUGCGAUACUUGGGACCAGUCACGAGAAGCGACAAAAUCCAGAAAACUUUCCGAUUAUUCCUGCUGUGGCGAUACCUAUGAUUUUUCAAAAUUAUCAAAAUUCGACGGGCUGCAGUAUUGCAAAACCGAUAGCCAGGCAUGUUGCAACUUAUCAUCCCUACCAUCCAUCGCAUUCGCGUCAACCACCACCUCAACAUCAUUCGAUUGAACAUUUUUUGUGUCGAGGAUCUUUUCUUUCUGGUCCCAACCCUGGUCCUGGAAAUCAAAUUGUUAAUCCUGGUGGUGGUGGGACAGUCUUUCCAGGAGGAAUGCAGGGUGCAUUAAGCGAUGUUGCUAGCAUGGCCAUAGGGUUUCCUUGGUCUAAUUGUGCUCGAGGAAAACCGCGAAGAGGUAUGAUGAGGAGAGCAGUAUUUUCUGAUUUACAAAGACGAGGACUUGAAAAAAAGUUUCUGCAACAGAAGUACAUAAGUAAACCUGAUCGUAAAAAACUUGCUGAAAAACUUGGUCUUAAAGAUUCGCAGGUGAAAAUAUGGUUUCAAAAUCGUCGAAUGAAAUGGAGGAACAGUAAAGAGCGAGAGUUAUUAGCAAAUGGUGGAUCACGAGAACAAACCUUGCCAAGCAAGAAUAAUCCUAAUCCAAAUUUAAGCGAUGCAGAUGGAGAUAGACAAAAAAUGGACAUAAUUGAUUAUACUAGUCCAAGGGCAAGUCCACAACUAACAGAAGAUCAGACUGAUACAGAAGAAAAUGAAGAUAUUGACGUUACUUGAUAAACUGUGCACCUUUGUAACAAAAAUAUUUCUUAAAAACUGCCGUUUAAAACUUGAUUAUAAUUUUUCACUUGAAGGUCAUACUAGCUUUUAAUGCUUUAAAUAUAUUAUUUUGUUUUUUAAUUUUCUAAGUAUUGUUUUCUUUAGAAUUAUUAAAAUGAAAAUUAAAGAUU